AUGCUUGUUAGCUUCCUCCUUCUGACAUAUGCAUUAUGCGGGACGGCGAUAUUUCUCCAACCUAAUCACAACACUAAAAGGGACCUGUCCAUCUCUGAUGCCUCUGGGACACUCCAUAAAGCAAGGCAACACAGCAAAUGGCAAUCUAGGAGAGCGAGCAACUCAACUGGUACCUCCACAUCUUCAGCCGCGUUCCCAACAGGAACUCCUUGUCCCGGAAACUCGCCGGAGGAUCGCUCCAAGUGGUGUGAAUAUGACAUCGACACGGACUGGUCCGAGGUUGUUCCUAAUACGGGUGUGACUAGAGAGUAUUGGUUAGAUAUUGACGAGAUCGCUGCCGCCCCAGAUGGCUAUCUACGAACCGUGAUGGCUAUCAACGGCAGCAUCCCUGGGCCGACUAUCUAUGCGGACUGGGGCGAUCAUGUCGUUGUCCAUGUCACUAAUCACCUCCAUGAAGCUAAGAAUGGCACCAGUAUCCAUUGGCAUGGCAUGUGGCAAAGAGGAACAAACGAACACGAUGGGGUUGUCUCCAUCACCCAGUGUCCCAUAGCCCCCGGCUCAUCGAUGACCUAUCGUUGGCGAGCCGAACAGUAUGGCUCGUCCUGGUAUCAUUCUCAUAUUGGUCUCCAAGCGUGGAACGGGGUCUUUGGUGGUAUUAUCAUCAAUGGCCCUGCUACGGCGAACUAUGACGAGGACGCGGACGUGAUGAUUCUAAGCGAUUGGACGCAUGACACUGUAGAUGAAAUGUAUCAAUUCGCACAGCUCUGUGGCCCGCCGCAGUUAGAUAAUGGGUUAAUCAACGGAACCAACGUCCUCGAUACCGGUAACCACACCGAUGGAUCUCGGCUGAAGCUCCAGGUGACGGAAGGCAAGUCGUAUAGAUUGAGACUUGUCAACGCGGCUCUUGAUACCACCUUUGAAUUCAUGAUCGAUAAUCAUAAUAUGACCAUCAUCGCAAUGGAUCUGGUACCUAUCGAGCCGUACACCACAUAUAGUCUAACCAUCGGCAUGGGCCAGCGAUACGAUAUAAUCAUUACAGCCGAUCAGGCAUCAGUUGCAGAUUCGUUCUGGAUACGCGCGAUACCACUACACGCUUGUUCGGAAAAUGCUCGUGGCAACAACAUCCGAGGCGUUCUGCACUACGGAGACACGUCGAGUAUCCCGGAGACUCUCCCGUUUAUCUACUUGGAUGAAACAUGUUACGAUCUACCAGCCUCAAUCCUGGUGCCACACGUACCGAAAUCAGUCCCUCCCCCAGACCUGCAAGAAAUGGUCGACGCCGACACUCGCCCGAACGCAAAGGGGCUUUUCCGCUGGUACCUCAACAGCACGACAAUGGGGAUUCUAUGGGAAGAUCCCACAUUACUCCAGAUACGAAAUGGCUCGUCGGCAUUUCCAAACGCCAGUGCUGUCAUCUCGUUGCCGAAAGCAGACCAGUGGUUUUAUCUGGACAUCGAAACUCGCAUACCCGUCGACCAUCCGAUUCACCUCCACGGACAUGACUUCUUCAUUCUUUCACAAGGGCAGGGUGCCUGGGAUGGGUCCUCGCGCACCGAGAACCCACCUCGCCGGGAUACAGCGAUGUUGCCAGCAAAUGGGCACCUAGUCCUUGCUUUCCAGACGGAUAAUCCUGGGGCGUGGUUGAUGCAUUGUCACAUUGGCUGGCAUACCACUGAAGGGUUUGCGUUGCAGUUUUUGGAACGAUCUGAUGAGGUCAUCGGUGCUCUUGAUUAUGACCUUCUGGAGGAUACCUGUGAUUCCUGGAUUACCUAUGACGAAUUGUAUGGGAUCGACCAAGAAGAUUCAGGUGUUUGA